AUGCCUCCAUUGUUCAGUGGGCAAAAGAGCCCCAGGCUGCUCACCCGUGGAAACCGUCCAUCCCCUGCGCCUUACAGCUCCCGUGCGACCCCAACAAAGGCUCCCUCCGGGCCGAUAGGACCAUCUUGGGCCCCAAGCGAACAUGGUCACUCACUCACCAUCACAGACGACCUCAUCGAACCAAUGUUCCGACCACCCCCCAAGGACGCUCCCGAGGAAGACCAAGAGUCCAGCGGUGAGGAACCUUCCGAGGACGAGGACACAUCACCGGCCCCAGGACAUCCCAGGACCAAGCAGUUCCUUGGUGCGUUAGAAGUCAGUGCAGAGACCCGUGGAAUAGUCCUCGAGAUGGGCCAGAUGCAGGCGGCCCAGCGCGAUGGCACAAUCUUCAUGGCCAUUGGAUCAGUCAUGGAACGUCUUGCAAGGAUUGAAGCCAGGCUGGAAAGCCACUCAGAAAUGGCAACCACUUCUUUUCCCAAGGCGACCCCAGCAUUGGGUGAAUGUAACAUUGAUAGGAAAGGAGAUUUCAUAUUUGGUGAGGGGGCUAAGGCAUUCUUUCGAACAACCGCCCGGCUGCACAUGUUGGAAGCGGACAUCGAAGCGUAUUCCAGUGGGGUUGGAACGGUGUCCCCCUCCCCCUCACGGGCAAUCCUAACCAUGGUCAUAGUAAGACCCCUUCGGACGAUUCCACCCUCAAGGAUACCCACACGCUGUAAAAUGAUAACCAAGCCCUUUUUGCCCUCUCGUAUUUGCCCCCAGAACAAGCUUAAUGACAAGGACGCAAGCUGGCGAUCUCGACACAUGCCCCCCGGGUAUAUCAAACGCGACCAAUGGGCUGAAGCACAAGUCUUGAAAGGCGUCAAGGCGACUGUCAAACAUGUCCGCAACAAGGCCCGUGAUGUCAUCAUGACUGGCAUUUGCAAAACGGUCAAAACCGAAAGCGAAGGGAUCCCAAACAUUAACAAGCUCAGCCGCUACCUUUGGAAGCACCUGAACGGUUAUAAGGGGUGCAUGACCGAUGAACAGAUUGAUGAGAAGAUUAGCCCCCAGCAACGAGUGCGGUUCGCUUACAUCCGGCUCGCGACCAUAGAGAACUUCCUGGACCCCAACUGCCGCAACAUCUCUCAGUGGGAUACCAUGGAUGCGCAACUUGAAUCCAACCGACGCGAGAUCAUGAAUUACACCAAUGUAUGGCACAAGCUCAUCGCUGAACGGGACCACGAGUUGUUCGCGGAUGAUCCAAUAUACAAUGAGGCGGACCUGUCUUACACGUUGUGCCCCACCCAUGACGAAGUACUAGAAUGUAUGGCCCAAGCAUCCACAAUGAUAGGACCUGUAUAG